CUUAAAAAAGUUGACUCCAUCUCUCCAUCAAAAGAUCGAGCUUGGAAAGCACUGCUAUGGCCCUCUUCUCGGCUUCUCACCAACUCCUGAACCCAACAACAACGAUACAGGCGUGCCCGCCAAUAUCGCCGCCAUCUUCAACAGGCAGAGAGCAGAAUCCGGCACACGGCGCGACUCUCCGACUACUCCCGGCCAUCCAAGAAUGCACCACCUUGCGCCAACUCAAGCAAGUCCACUCCCGUGCCCUGAGAGCCCACCUCCUCGGCGAUGCGGUCGUUGCCGGGAAGCUCGUGUCCCUCGCUGGAGUUUUGGGUGCUGGCGACCUUCGCUACGCCUCCUUGCUGUUCGACCAGAUAGAAAAACCGAGCCUCUUUGCCUGGAACUCCAUGAUCCGAGCCUUCGCGUGGAGCCAGACCGCCUCUGGCUGUGCCGCACUCUCCUUCUUCUUGAGAAUGCAGGCUUGGGGAGUCGAGCCGAACAAGCAUUCCUACACCUUUGCUCUUAUGGCGUGCAUCAAGGAGCUUGCGCUCAGUGAGGGCAUGCAGAUUCACGGCAGGGUUCUGAAGUGCGGCCUUGGUUCCGACAAGUAUAUACAGAACAAUCUCAUUCGUCUGUAUUGCAGUUCUUCAAGGCUCGAGAACGCAUGUCAAGUGUUCGGAAAAAUGUCUGAGCGAGAUUUGGUCUCGGCCACAUCGAUGGCAGAUGGAUACGUGAAAUCUGGCAGGAUGGCGGAGGCCAGAAAUGUGUUUGAUUCAAUUGAAAUGAAGGAUGAAGUGUUGUGGACGGUGAUGAUAUCUGGAUAUGCUCAGAAUGACCGGCCGUCGGAGGCACUGCGCCUCUUUCGGGAGAUGCUUAGAGAUCCUGGACUCUCACCGACAGAGAGCACACUCGUUUCCGUGCUUUCUGCCUGUGCCCAGCUAGGCGCCAUCGAAUCGGGGAGAUGGAUUCAUUGGUACAUGAGGAAGCAGGGGAUCAAGCCGACGAUCAAGGUGGCCACUGCGCUGGUUGAUAUGUAUUCCAAGUGUGGCAUGAUUGAGUUUGCAAGGAAAAUAUUUGACGGGAUUCCUCAGCCAGAUGUUAUUGCCUGGAAUGCCAUGAUUGCUGGUUUGGCUCUACAAGGAGAUGGUAGAUCGGCACUCGAACUGUUCUCGAGGAUGGAAGUAUCAGGGACAUGGCCAAACGAGAGUACAUAUGUGGCGGUGCUGUCCGCGUGCAACCAUGCUGGUAUGGUGGAAGAAGGGCGAGCCAAGUUUGAAAGAAUGAAGGUAGUGGAUGGGAUUGAGCCAAGGAUGAACCACUAUGGCUGCAUGGUGGACAUCCUUGGCAGGUCUGGGCGCUUGGAUGAAGCAGAGGAACUCAUCAAGGCAAUGCCUAUUGAACCAGAUGACGUGAUAUGGAGAAGCUUGCUAGAUGGCUGCAGGAGUAAAAAAGAUGUAAGAAGGGCUGAAUUGGCCAUGAGUAAGCUUUCAGAAAUGGGCUGCAGUGAGCCCACUGAUUAUAUCAUCCUCGCGAACUUGUACGCAUCAAUGGGAAGAUAUGAUGAUGCGGGGAGCACAAGGAGAUUGAUGAAAGACAGAGGGAUUGAGAAGAAUGCUGGAUGCAGCUGGAUAGAGGUGGGAGGGGUCGUUCAUAUGUUUGUGGCCUUUGACAAAUCUCAUCUUAGAAGUGAUGAAAUGUACUUCGUAUUGAAUACGUUGGUGGAGGAGAUGAAAGAUUAGUCCUUGUCUGCAAUUCUGUGCUUCUACAUUCAUCCUUGUAUGAGACAAGACAUAGCACACACAGGCAAACCAGAAAGGCCCAUAAAAAUGAAAGGCAGAUGGGUCGUUGAUGAAACAGAAAUUAUUUUGUUAUAGAAAAGACAAAAGUCCAUAGUUCCUGGCUGAGGUGCAGCGUCUUAGGGACUCAUUUACGUUCAAUGACAAAGAAGUCGGCAUUCCUGAAGAAUUUCUGUUUCUUAAGAAUCGAGGUUUCUACUUGGUGGAAAUGGUUUUGGUAGCUUUAUUUAAAGUAUAAAGCACUUCUGUGUUAGUAGAAAGAUAUCUAUAGAAUCUCUUUUUACUUUUUCUUUUAGAAUAUGAUACGGGGCUGUCAGCCCCUACCAAUUCAAAUCAUCUGUAACUAAACUCUCAAUUUCCUGUAUAUAUAAUGAGUGGUACCAGUCA